CCAGCAAUGAAGACGAUGAUGCGAUGGACGCGAAGUCACCCACUCCCACACUGGCCGCAGGACUGUAAUGGUGGACUAGGGAGGCAAAAAACCCAGAUAGAGAAGUUGAUGAACUCCACCAAUACGUCGGCUGUAACUGCUGGAAACCUUCUCGGAUCCGGGCGGUGGGAACUUCCGAUCCAGUACCAGGCGGCUGUUGAGGCAGCCCGCAUGUACGACGUCAUGGGACUGGCAGUUAGCGAUUUCCGGCGUGGUGCCCGGUUCCUCCGGGACUACCUGUCAGCGAUCAACACGACCGCCCACACCGUAAAUGUCGUCGCCUGCAACGUAGAAUCUACGACUCUGGGUAACCUGGUGCAACCCUCAGCUUUCUCCAAUGACACAGCAUUUGUCGGCUUUGUUGAUUACGACACAGACGAGGAAACUAUGUUUUUGGAUCCGGAAAUUCAGCUGAAUAAUCUGAGCUGCGUCCAGAGUGAGGUUUUGAAGUUGAAGAGCUUAAACGAAGACAGGCCGGUGGUAAUCGUGGGAUGCACAUCUUCUGUUGCUAGACUGAACAACCUCACUGGCGGAAUACUUAACAACACCAACGUCACCGCAGCUGUACUGUCUU